UCGUGCGCCGUCGUCGAAGGCCGUCAUAGCGAGAUGUCUGCGCCGCCAAGGUAGAUGUACGGAGAAUUGCUCGAGGUAUAAAGGCCUUGCGUCGUCGACAGUGUCAAGUCAGAGCUACAGCAAUCUCUUGCAAAGUAUCUCCUUCAGAGUAACGCUCUCCCGGUAAAAUGUUCCGCGCUUCGGUCCUCCUCGCUUUUUCCCUCGCCGCUAUCGUGUACGGCCAGCAGGCCGGCACCCAGACGCCUGAGACCCACCCCUCGCUCAGUUCCCAGAAGUGCACGGCCAGCGGCGGCUGUGUGACCCAAGACACCUCCGUCGUGCUCGACGGCAACUGGCGCUGGCUCCACGACGUCACCGGCUAUACCAACUGCUACACCGGCAACGAGUGGGAUGCUACCCUCUGCCCCGACGGUACCACCUGCGCUCAGAACUGCGCCCUCGACGGUGCCGAGUACGAGACCACCUACGGUAUCUCCUCCUCCGACGAUUCCCUCACCCUCAAGUUCGUCACGGGCUCCAACGUCGGCUCUCGUGUCUACCUCAUGAGCAGCGAAACCGAGUACACGAUGUUCCAGCUCCUCAACCAGGAGUUCACCUUCACCGUCGACGUAUCCCAGCUCCCCUGCGGUCUCAACGGUGCUCUCUACCUCAGCGAGAUGGACGCCGAUGGUGGUUUGUCCAGGUUCCCCACCAACAAGGCUGGUGCCAAGUUCGGUACUGGCUACUGCGACUCUCAGUGCCCUCAAGACAUCAAGUUCAUUAACGGCAUUGCCAACGUUGAGGGCUGGAACGCUACCAGCACCAAUGCCGGUACUGGCAGCAUGGGUACCUGCUGCAGUGAGAUGGAUAUCUGGGAGGCUAACAGCGUUUCUGCUGCCUUCACGCCCCACCCCUGCGAGACCACCGGCCAGACCGAGUGUACCGGUUCCGACUGCACCAGGGACACCGGUCUCUGCGAUGCUGACGGUUGCGACUUCAACUCCUUCCGUCUCGGUGACGACACCUUCUACGGCUCCGGCCUGACCGUCGACACCACCCAACCCUUCACCGUCGUCACUCAGUUCCUGACCAGCGACAACACCUCCACCGGCACGCUCUCCGAGAUCCGCCGCCUGUACAUCCAGAACGACGUCGUCAUCCAGAACUCGAACGUCAACAUCCCCGGAAUCGACGCCGUCAACUCGAUCACGGAGGACUUCUGCGCGCAGCAGAAGGAGGUGUUCGGCGACACGAACUACUUCGACCAGCACGGUGGGCUCGCGCAGCUCGGCCAGUCGCUCAACACCGGUAUGGUCCUCGCGCUCUCGAUCUGGGACGACUACACCGCAAGCAUGCUCUGGCUCGACUCCGACUACCCGACCACGAAGAGCGCGUCCUCGCCCGGUGUCGCGCGCGGCACUUGUGCGUCCACCUCGGGUACCCCGUCCCAGGUCGAAGGCCAGAGCCCGAACGCACAGGUCGUCUUCUCGGCCAUCAAGUGGGGCGACAUCGGCUCGACCUUCACCGGCUCCAGCGGCACCGUCCCCCCGCCGCCGCCCUCCGGCUCCGCCUCGUCCGCCGGCACCCAGCCGACCCAGCCCGCCGGCGGCAGCGCCGUCCCCCAGUGGGGCCAAUGCGGCGGGACAGGCUUCGCGGGCUCGACCACCUGCGCGUCGGGCUUCACCUGCCACGUCCUGAACCCCUACUACUCGCAGUGCUAUUAGACGAUCCCCGGGUGUGGAGUCCGGCCGCGUGGCUCUUCGCGCGGCUCCUCCUGCGCAGGCGAGAUCUCCCAGGCGUACCACCUGCGCCAAGUAACCGUGCCUCGUUUCUCCAAAAGUUCCCUGCGCUCGUCUCUGUCUCGCUGAUCGGUGAAUGUGCACGCAGACUCCUGUUGCCGUUGCUCGAGGAGCGGUAGAUACACAUCGGAACUGUAUGUAUGCACUUGAAAAUACACAUCGGGUUUCUAGC